CUAGCUGACUAAAUAAGCUGACUGAAACUCGAAAGAUCUGAAGAAACCAUUCAAAAUUCUACGGCAUCUUGAAAAGUGUCACGUCGGACCCAACAAAGGGAACAGAUCGGAAAUUAAUUUAAGGGGGUCUGACAGCAAAACAAAGUCUUAGCAGUGUGAAAAAGAGGUACAAUUUGUUCGUCAGAUAACCAUGUCGUCUACAGGCGUUGCAUUUUCUGGUGGUGGAAUCCGAUCUGCAGCGCUUUGCUCUGGCGUGUUACGCUACAUUCUUCAACACGAGAUCGGCUUGGAUUACUUGAGCUGUGUUUCGGGAGGCGGCUUUACCGGGGCUUCGUACCUCGACUGGAAGUACCGUCACAAUCAACAAGACAGCCCGGAAUGGCACCAGAAGUUUUUCAGUCGCUUAAGACAGCGUUGUGGGACGUUUUGCUCGUGGAGCAAUCCCUUCAUGGGAAUCCUUGAUACUAUAAUACUUCUUCUUCUCCUUGUUGUAGUGGCCAUUGUUCUUCCAGCUUUCACAACCCUAGCCUUUGCUCUGCCAACAGCUUUUUCUGUAGAUUACCUCUUUGGUGAUAUACUUCGUGCGGGUUUCAAAUGCACCAGUGGUCUAAAUAUCACCGAAACCGAGGGUUGCGUGCUUGUAGAAAGUCAUGACGAAACCUUCACUUUAUUUGGCGCGCUGUUCGCAUGUUCUGCGGGGUUUUAUCUGUUGAAGUUGCUGUUUCACCCCUGUCGUUCCGCCAUGCGCAGCAAAAUAAAAAUACUCUACUUCAGUGCUUUUUCUUUACUAGUCAUGACGUUUCUUCCAUGGUUUUUUGAAGUGUUUCUUCGAGUUCACACUUCGGUGUAUGUCAAUGGUUUUAUUUUACUUGCCAGUGUUGCUCUGUGGCUCGGCUUUCCGCCGUUGCGAAACAUGGCCUCCUUAGCCCUACUGGUUUACGCUUAUGCUUACAUAACAAAAUGGCGAGUGUACAAAAGCCCUGUACUCUUCAUUAGUUAUUCAGAGGACACGUUUUACAAGGCAUUGCUUGGAUCUGCCAUACUCCUGUGGGCAGGACCCUUUCUAGGGCUGAUCAAAAUGGCGGCGGUUCAAACAUACGGCAGGUAAGUCAUUUAAGACAGCUGCCGCGUUUUUUCUAGUCCUCAAACAAAAUGACAGGAUAAAUAGGAAAGGAAUUCAAUGCCUUUGAAAAGCAAAGCCAGAUCUGAUAGAUCAAAUAUAUUGUCUGCCAUGAUACACUAAUGAUUCAUUUAUAAAGAAUCAAUUUUUGGAGAAUCAUGAAAAGCAAAGACA